CGUGGCGACGCGCUGACGUCAUAACGCACGGCGUUGAGCGGAGGUUGCCUGUCCUUUCAUAAACCGCCUGUGCCACACAAUUGCGGGUCCCAUGUCUUUCCUUGUAAGUAAACCCGAGCGGAUUAGGCGGUGGGUGUCUGAAAAGUUCAUUGUUGAGGGCUUAAGAGAGUUCGAACUUUUUGGAGAGCAGCCUCCGGGUGACUCUCGGAGAAAAACAAAUGAGGCGAGCUCCGAGUCGAUAGCUUCUUCCCCCAAAAGGGACACCAUGAGCAACUUCCUACCGGACAGCAGCUGUUACGAGUUGCUCACUAUCAUAGGCAGAGGCUUUGAAGACUUGAUGGUUGUGAACCUGGCCAGGUAUAAACCCACAGGGGAGUACGUCACAGUCAGAAGAGUGAACUUGGAGGCCUGCACAAAUGAAAUGGUCACAUUCCUGCAGGGGGAACUUCAUGUUUCCAAGCUCUUCAACCACCCUAACAUCGUGCCAUACAAAGCAACUUUCAUAGCUGACAACGAGCUGUGGGUAGUGACGUCUUUCAUGGCCUAUGGUUCUGCAAAAGAUUUAAUCUGCACCCAUUUUAUGGAUGGGAUGAGUGAACUGGCUAUUGCAUAUAUCCUCCAAGGCGUGCUGAAAGCACUUGACUACAUCCACCACAUGGGCUACGUGCACAGGAGCGUUAAAGCCAGCCAUAUCCUGAUUUCUGUGGAUGGGAAGGUGUACCUCUCUGGCCUGCGAAGUAAUCUGAGUAUGAUCAACCACGGGCAGCGACUCAAAGUUGUUCAUGACUUUCCCAAAUACAGCAUCAAAGUCCUGCCUUGGCUCAGCCCUGAAGUCUUGCAGCAGAAUCUCCAGGGUUAUGAUGCAAAAUCUGAUAUUUACAGCGUGGGGAUAACAGCCUGUGAACUGGCGAAUGGACACGUACCCUUUAAAGACAUGCCUUCUACUCAGAUGCUCUUGGAAAAGCUGAAUGGAACUGUUCCCUGCCUGCUAGACACCACCACAAUUCCUGCUGACGAGCUGACCAUGAAGACCUCCCGUUCAAGUGCUAACUAUGGGAUGGGCGAGGGCAUGGCUGUUGGCAGUGUCAGGGCAGCCAACGGAGAGCCAGCCCUGCACCCUUACCUUCGGACUUUCUCCACCUACUUCCACAACUUUGUGGAGCAGUGCCUCCAGCGGAACCCCGAUUUCAGGCCAAGUGCAGGCACUCUGCUUAAUCAUCCCUUUUUCAAGCAGAUCAAGCGCCGUGCAUCCGAAGCACUCCCUGAACUUCUGCGCCCCGUCACCCCAAUCACCAAUUUUGAAGGAACACGUCCCCAGGACCCCAGUGGCAUUUUUGGGCUGGUGUCCAACCUGGAGCAGCUGGAUGUGGAUGACUGGGAAUUCUAGAAAAACAGGGACUAUACCCGGUUCUGGAGGAGCUUUCUGGACAUUGUAAUUCAUUGAUCCUGUUCAUAAAAGGUGAUGAAUGUUACAGAAGAGUUUACAGGUCCUUGGGAAGGAACUUCAGCUGCAUCUUCACUUAGGAAGUAGCCUGGAAACAAAUGGACAGACCGGAGCUGGGAAAGGAUCAACCCCAAGGAACUGUGGAGCAUCCCCGAUGGUGCAGUGCCUGGAGCCCCCGUGCUUGACACUCAGCACUGGUAGAUCACUCGCGUGGGUUGAAUAGAGUAUGUGUUUCUAAAAAUCACUGGCUUCCUCACAUCACAGUUGAAGGCUGUGCGUUCCUCCCUCUUUGGUUCUUUCUCUUCUAAGGGUGCCUUAGAGUUAAGGGGAGGCAGAACAGCUCUUAGUGUGGGGCAUUCUCUUAGAGCUGGUUCUAUUAUUACAGGCUAACUAGAGGUUGGGAUUGUGUUCUUAAAUGGAGUCACUGCUUUGUGAUGGAAAAUGGGAGAUCAGAGGUGACCAGACUUUGUUCCAGACACAUUCACUGCAUUGGGUGUUCCUCUACAGCACUAGAUUCUUCUUUUCCAGUUCUGGAGAGAACUUUGGAAGAAGCUCCUCUUGCUUGAUGCCAGGCAGGCUGGGCAUUCCAGCCCCUGCUCCCACAGCUGCCUGGGUCCCCAAAGUGAGCGUGUACGCCCCUGAAAUGGACCGGCUACUUUUAUCCCAUCCCCCCCAGCUGAGCCUCCUGUUAGCUGGGCCGGUUUCACAGCAUGUAAUGCUUGUAGCAGCUGCUUUCAGUAACUUUGCCUGGCAUGGAGGAAAACCCAAGUUGACUUUCAUACGAAAUCCUGUUGCUCACAUCUCCUCUUUGAGCAUCACUUACAGAACUGAUCCUAAGCCUUCCAUUACCAUUGCUGUUUUGCCUUUCCUAACGAACGGCAGGUAAAAGCUCGCUUCUCCCAUGGCUCCUCUGGAUUUACAGCUGGGCAGCUGCCCUGCUGCUGUGGCAGCUCUCCCAUUCCGUGGCAUUUGGUUUUUGGAAGCAUAUUUAAGGCUUUUAGUUUGACCCUUCCAAGGACCACAGGUACUGGAGGUCUUUCUCCUCUUUAAUGAAGCAGAGAACCCAGUCCUGGAGGUGUGGUGGAUGGGGGUAGUGGUACUGGCAACAGGCCCUUGUGUUCAUGAGCUGUUCUUAAACCCAGAUGAAGUUUGUUACUCUAGUUGGUUUUUUUUUUGCCAAAAAGAAAUAAAAUAUUUUGGAAGUUGUUUUUUUUAA